AUGGGUUCCAGAUAUCAGCAGGCAACACCUCUUCACAUCAUUAUUUUCCUACAGACGAUUCAUUUGGUCACAGGCCAGUAUAAAAUUAUUCCUCCUGACAAGCCUGUCAUUGGAGUUGUUGGGAAAGAAGUCAUCCUGCCUUGUCAGCUGAAAGUUAAGAUAAUCCCUGAGAGACUUACUGUUCAGUGGAUAUUUACUGGAAACACCAAAAAAAUUGAUGUGACCACUUUUGAUGGAAAAAACACACAUAAUCCAGUUCACGAGGACAAUACAUACCAGGGCAGGACAAGUUUUUUUCACUUUGAAUUUAUUAAGGGAAAUGUGUCCCUUCACCUGAAAAAUGUCAUGCUCUCAGACAAAGGGAAAUACACCUGCAGUGUCUUUUUUGAGAACUGGUAUGAUGAAGUGGUGGUUGACCUGGAUGUGGCAGCUAAAGGUGAUGAGUCUUCAGUUUCCCUGGAUGGUCCUGUGGGCCAGGGCAUCAGCCUCACCUGUAAGUCUCAGGGGUGGUUUCCAGAGCCCAAAGUAGUUUGGCUGAACAGCAAAGGACAGACACGGAAGGAGGAAGUUACCACCCAAGUCAUAAGGACUUCUUCAGGCAUUUUUGAUGUUAUAAGUUCCAUGAAUCUUGAACUGGGAUCUGACAAGGAAGUCUCCUGCAGAGUAGUCAAUAACCUACUUAAUGCCAGGUGUGAAUCCCGAGUCCUGAUUUCAGAUAGUUUUACACAAUCUCGUAAAGCAGAUUUCUGGGAAGCCCGGAGCCAUGCAGUUCCCAUUACUGUGCAUCCUGACUGCCGAGUCCUGGAGCUCCAAGUACCAGGGGUUCCAGAUGUGAAGAGCAACACCUCUGAACCUGCUGACACAAAUGCUCCCUCCACAGUCCCUGUCCUGGUGGGGAAGGAAGGAUUUGCAGCUGGGAAACACUACUGGGAGGUGGAGGUGGGCCAGCAGCAGGACUGGGUGCUAGGGGUGGUGAGGGAGAAAGAGAGGCACAAAGAGGAAGGGAUCCUUCCUGGAGAGGACUACUGGGCUCUGCACGGGUCCCAGGGAGAGAUUUUCUCUAGUGAAGGGCAUCGCAGGAUUGAGAAGCAGCAGAGUUAUUCAGUGAUUGGUGUACUUCUGGACUUGGAGGAAGGACAAGUGAGCUUUUAUGAAGCAGAGCAGAUGGCUAUGUUG